AUGUUUGGCACUGGACUUAAAGCAGUGCUAUCUCAAAGAGAUAAAAAGAAGAAAGAAUACGCAAUUGUAUAUACAAGUAAAGACCUUACCCAACCUGAAAGAAACUAUGUAGCCACAAAACUUGAAUGUUAUGCAGUGAGAGAAACUGCUAAAGGAAUGGAAUUUGAAGAUAGCAGUAAUGAUAAAUAUGAGAAUAUGGGCUAUGGCUAUUAUAACCUGUACCUAGAUUCUAACCACUGUUGGUAG